GGUGGAGCAUGUGCUCUUCUUUAUCAACGACGACACGCUCGAGUUCGAGCCGCUGGACGACGUGGUCCACGCAGAUGAAAAAUGGUUAUAUGAGGACAAGGAUAAGCGAAGUUACUUACUGUUUCCUGGAGAAAACCCUACACAUCACAUCCGGAAGAGCAAGAAAUUCAUUCCGAAGACCAUGUUCCUAGCAGCC